AUGAAAUAUCCCCAGUACAUUUCUGCGUCCUGAUCUUCCUCAGAUGCAGGCUCAGGCUCAGGGACGUAUUUGAAGAAGCGAAUCACGGUCUCCUUCGGUUCGUCCUCCGGGUGGUCUUUGGGGAGCGUGUACAUGACCUCCACUGCUUGGAAGUGGAGGUGAGCGUGCGGUGCGGCAGGCUCGGAGGCCUUGGGUGCGGGUGCGGGUGCGGUGUGAUAAAUAGAGGAGGGCGACACGAUGACCUUCUUUAUCGACGAGAAGGUCGGGAAGGGUGUCUUGGUGGUUAUGGUCAGGCUGUUUCGACGAGAGUACAUAGUGUGUAUGGUGUGCAGAGUUGCCGCUGAGGAGAGGAGAGGCCGUUGCACAUUUAUAUAUGUCGGCAGAGGACUGUGGAGACCUCCAUGAUGAUAGCAAUGCAUCCCGAGUGCAGAAUGGAGAGGAGCCAGCUGCAAGACCCCGCGAGUGGAACCUCUGAGACAUUUGAUCCGUCGACCAAGACCGCGGAAGAAAUCAGUUUCGGUUAGGGGCCCAUCCUCACCCGUCCUUUGUUCACGACUACGAUGCCUACUCUCCCAUUCGUGAAAUUCAUCCUCGGAGGAUUGGACCUCGCCGUUUGCGGAGACCUGAUCCUACAAGGCGUCUUGUUCACCCAGUUCGCCACAUAUGUCUCGCACGGCUUCCAUCGCACGGACUCGAUACCAGUUCGCCUCUGGGUGGCAGCUCUCUUCGUGUUCAUCCUGUUCAGGACCGUGUACUCGCUUGUCUUGAAUUACAUCCAAAACACGGCUCGGUUCCUCGAUCUCGCUGGGGCGGUCGCCGACUACGCGGCCGUCCAAACGGCACUUGGCUUUCUGUGGGCGGCGUUGCUUGUGCUGUACGUUCAGCUGUUUCUCUGCUGGCGACUCUUGCACCUCUCGGGACACUUCUGGCCUUCGCUCAGUCUCGCGGUCGUGUUCCUUCUCGUUCUGAUCUGUUGGAUCAUGGCGACACAGAUUUUCAGCGGUAGUGCACACAGCCAACAGUGGGG